AUGUGGUCUUUUUCAUCAAAGAAAUCCAUUCAUAUUCAGCUGAUUGAACCUGUUAUUUUUGUGGGUUCAUAUAUGGAAACAUGUCCUGUUGUUCGAGGCAUAGUUCAUAUAUCCUUGUUUAAACAUCUGUAUUUUGAACAACUAGCGCUUCAAUUUAAAGGCACUUUGACAGCACAACAUCAAGUCAUACAACUCAUAUCACAACAAUUGACAUUUUGUCCUUCUCAAGCCAUUUAUGUUGACAAGGAUCAUCUUCAGUUUAUAUUUGAAAUGCCUUUACCAGCCACAUUACCAGAAAGUGUGGAUCAUUCUGAACUAACAGUGUCCUAUGAGCUCAUAGCUCAUCUUGAUCAAUUCAAUGUCAAAAUAGACCAAAAACAAGAGGAGAUCAAAAAAAUACAAGUUAAUUUAGCUCGAUUACCGGAAAGCGGGAUGCUGUGCGGUGAAAAUUACCCGAGUUCGAUCGAUUCCCUUAAACAUACUUCCCCUUGGUGCCAGUAUCGAAUCAUGGUAGACAAGACAUCGGCUGCACUGGGAUCCACACUGCCUGUUCAGUUAGUGAUUGCAUCCACAGUGAAUGAACUCAAGAUAAAGCAAGUAUUUGCCCAAUUGAUUCAGACAGUCAGAGUAGGUACGCAUGAAUCUCAAUCGGUUCAUUUCUUACAUCCUGUACAAGACUGGGUAUUGCCUCACAAAUCUAUACAGCAAUGGCAUGGGAACAGUGUCUAUCAGAUCCCAUUCUCUGUGUCUCAUUCAACAAAAGCCUAUGCUCAAUUUGGUGUACAUCAUGCUUUAUUGGUCAGUGUAAUCUUGGCAUGCGACCAUCAUCAACAAAAGACAGUGUCCUAUCAAACCAGCAUUGAUCUUAUAGACAGUCAAUUAAGUCAUGUCUGUACCAAACUCCCUUCUUACAACUCACCUAUUUCUACAUUUGAAAAAGAGAAACUUAAAUGCCUUGCUGUAUUAUACUAA